UUGCACCAGUUCUGGAAGAACCGUCUGUAUGAAAGCCGCAGGUCCUGAAGCUGUCGUACUCGGAUUACUUCCAGAGGUUGGAGCGAUAUCCGACGAACCUGAUCAAGAACAUCUACCUGGAAUACCGAAGAAGUCACCGCAACUCCCGCCCGCAAACUCUCAACUCGCGACGGCGCAGCUUCGGCCGGAUGAACUGGCAACAUCUGUGCCAUUCUCGAAGGAGGACGAUGUGAUCGGGAACUAUCGGUUCAGGCGCUUCACUUCCCAGUCGGAAAACGUCGACUUACCUUCCCGAAUUAACACUAAAUGGCCAACUCCUCCAAGCCUGUCCUGAUGAUGGCCGGCAACGAGACCACUCUGUUCUCUACAUCGCUGUCGCGCUCCAAAAUGUAGGCCGCGAUGUUAAGCAGCAUAAGCAGCAGUUUUAAUAUUAAAAUAAAAAUAGAAAUAAAAUCCAUCACAUUUUUCGAAAAUCAUCACUGUAAUGUUAAUGUUAUUUAUUGUUGCCAUAAAAAGUUUCUUCUUAUAAUAAAAGUAAAAAACUUUUACCGAUACA